AUGAUUAUUGCAACAUUCAACAUCCGUGGGAGUGGAAAUACGAUGAAACAAAAACGUAUUUCCCAGAUAGUCCGGAAAAUCAAUCCACAGGUUAUGUUCAUACAAGAAACAAAGAUAGGAAAGAUGACAGAGCAGGUGAUAUGGAGGCUAUGGGGAUCUAAGGACUGCGAAUGGUCAGCUAAGGAAGCAAUUGGGAGGUCAGGGGGUAUUGUUACAAUAUGGAGGAAAGGAGUAUUCUGCCCAGAAUUUACUUUUGGUGGAAAAGGAUUCCUGGGAUUAAAGAUAAUCGUGAAUGACAAGGUAAUUUAUUUUAUCAAUGUAUACUCACCAUGUUCUUUGUCUGAAAAAAGAGAAAUGUGGUUAGAAAUUAUUCGUUGGAGAAACAAAUUGGAUCGGGGUGAGUGGGUGGUCGGGGGAGAUUUCAAUUCUGUAAAAAAUAGAGAGGAAAGGAGGGGCAAGGAGAAUCAUAGUAGAGGCGUGGAGAUGGAAGAAUUCAAAUGCUUUAUUGAGACGAUGGAGCUGGUGGAUUUGCAAGUAAUGGGUAGUUUGUUCACUUGGAUCAAGCCAAAUGGUAAGGCCGGGAGUCGGCUUGAUAGAAUCCUGUUGACUGGGUCGUUGAUUUCUAAUUGGGAAAUAGUGGCUCAAGAGGUAGGAAUGAGGGAUGUCUCUGAUCACAAACCGGUAUGGACAAAAUCAAGCAAAGUAGAUUGGGGGCCAAAGAGUUUUAGAGUCUUGAAGUGCUGGUACGAACAUAAGGAUUUCCAAAGCUUUAUCCAAAAUGAGUGGAAUGCUAUAGUACUCAAAGGAAGUCCAGGAUUCAUCUUAAAGGAGAAGUUGAUAUUUUUACGAGGUAGACUAAGAUGGUGGAACCGAGAAGUGUUUGGCAUGGUGGAACUAAAAAUACAAGAUAUCGUGAAUGAUCUCAACCGGCUGGAAGAUAAGAUGCUUAUCCCAAAUAUUAACUUAUAA